AACUCUGUUCAUAGUACAUUUACUUUGUAAACUAGCUAGUCAGCAUUAGAUAGCUAAACUGUAAAUUUAGUAAUGUGUUGUGAACAUACGCAAUAGUCGAUGGCACGUGCUUUAUUGGCUGUAGAACAGUGGUUAUUUAAAAACGUUGCACAUUUACACGACCACAAUGUAGGCUUUAAUGUAGCCUACACAAAAUCAAAUAAACAUUGCUACAAUAGACAAGCUGCAAACACCGAACAAGGCUGAUUGGGAUUUCUGUUUCCAGUAUCUCCUGCCCUGCAUAUAGUGAGUUUUAACUGCCUUUGCAAUUUCGGAGAAGUAUUCGAUUUCGCAGAACGUUCCGUAAUCUGUUUUAUUUAUUUGAAUGCGGACAAACGUUUUCAAAUCUUUAACUUCCACGCAGCAAUUGUAAUCGAGCAUUUAAGUGAACGGUAAACAUCGAACCUAUUGCACAUUGUUUUAUUGAAGACUUAUCAAGUCACUGAAUUAGGCUUUUCAGUAUCCACUUUGUUUCGUGCUCCCUUACUUGCCAUGUGUUUGCAAAAGCUUUAUGUUUUUUAAACGUAACUCAUUCAUAUACAUCAACUACCUUUAGCGCCAACUGAAGUAUAUUCUGGCAGGGGAGUUAGAACCCCGCCGUUCUGAACGUUAACGUGUCACUUGCUGUACGAUUUGGAAACAUCUUUCAUAUCAGCUAGAAAUUCAAUUACUACACGCCUUUUAUGGGGUUAGGGUUCUCACACGGCUAUAUUUCCAUGUUACAGGGGUACCAGUACCGAGUUCAUGUGCAGGCUGUACGAGGACGAUACAUAAGAUACGAGAAGAAACUUGCAAAAGAAACUGGUUUUGCGACUGUGGGGCAACUGCCUGUCUUCUGGGGAAUAUUUUUGCAUUUGUCGGAUGACUUUUGGCCUACGGCUGGGCAAUUUCGGGUGGUUCCCCAAUGACCUGCCACUCACCCGAAUCCACGGAUACCAUCGAAAACGAGAGAACGGAUACCGUGUCACGGGUUGUAGAUUCCGACGAGACUCGCAUCGCUCAGACCAUGAAAGACCUUAAAAAUACAGGCUGGUACUGGGGCAGCCUGACUGCCAACGAAGCCAAAGAGAUUCUCCAGGAUGCAUCGGAGGGCACCUUCCUGUUGCGAGAUAGCUCCCAGAGGGACUACCUGUUCACCAUCUCUGCCAUGACCUCUGCCGGCCCCACCAACUUGCGCAUCGAGUACAAGGAGGGCAAGUUUAAACUGGAUUCGGUGGUGCUGAUCAGGCCCAAGCUCAAGCAGUUUGACAGUGUGGUGCACCUGGUGGAACACUACGUGCAGCUGUCCAGGACUACCAGUAAAAGGCCGUCGUCAGGGGCAUUGCAGUCCCUGGCCCCACCCAAUGGGACGGUUCAGCUGCUCCUGACCAAGCCUGUGUACACUGCCACGCCAUCUCUACAGCACCUGUCCCGUAUCGCCAUCAACAACGCCACCAGGCAGGUGCAGGAGCUGCCUUUACCCAACAGGCUAAAAAUCUACCUGACGGACUACAGUUACAAUGUAUAGUAGGACUACGAAUCCCAGAUGUGGUUUGGGGUAGAGAGCCUGCACCUGCCGUGUAGUGGCUAUCACCCAGUCUGAAGUCUACCUUUAGCCCCAACCACUAGACAUGGCUUGAUGGCCCCUGUCCUUCUGGAAGGAUUGAUGUUGAGCAAUAUGGUUAGCGCCAAGUCAGUCAUCUAAUCCUCAGGAAGCUAGGUGGAAUUUCUCCCAUAUUACUACACCCUUCCAGUUCAUUUAGAGCUACAGUUGUUCAUCAAAAAGGGCUUAGGAGUUGGAGCUAAGGGUUGAUUUCAGACCCAGGUCAUGUUCAUAAUCUCUGAAACUGGUGCAAAUUUUUGUUCAAAUGGUGGUAUACCCUGCCUGCAGACCAGCUCAGGUAACAGGGUUUCAGACUCUUCUGAACGAGACCCAGGAGGGGUGGCAGUUAGCACACUUUUUUUUUUUCUUGUUUCAAAGCUUUGUUACUUUUCAUAAUCUGCCUCAUGUCUGAGACAUGAGCAUCUGACACGGUAUCCACUUUCAUUCUGAAUUAUGUUUGUUAAUAUUCUCUUUUUUUACAUUUUUUUUUUUUGUACUGUAAUUAUAAGAAGGUGCGGUGCUGGGGUGUCGAACUACAUGUUGGAACUAGUCAUUUAACUAAAAUUUUCAGUAGUUUCAAAUAAAUCUUGGUAGUAUUUUCAGUAUUACUUUUUUGCGUGUAGCAAACUACUGGAACUACACACAACCCGUUAUUUAUUUUUGUUAAAUUGGCCAGAACUACUUUUUUGGCAUCAGACCUACUUAAUUGUCACUUGAAAACGUUUUGGUGUUUAAUAGGGCUAAAUAAUUGAGUCCAGGUUGAUUUUUCACGUAGCAGUUUGGAUGUACUGAACACAUUUUUCACAAUCACUUUAAUUAAGUAAGCUAUAAAUGUAGCUUCUUCCAGUGCAAAGUAAUUGGUAACUUGGUAAACUAUUUUCAGUGUAGCUUCCCCAACACUGAUCUUUUUUUACAUUUUUGUUCACUCAGUUCAGAUUUUUGUUUUGAUAAAGCACAAGCAAUUUACAGGCUUCAAAUCUGAUGUUGGUAUCUCUCUCACUGUCUCCUCUUGCUAAGAGGUUAAAAAUAAUUGAUUUCAGGAAGUUCUCAAUCCUGGAUGUUGCUCCCACUACGCAUCACUUCUCUGAAACAUCUACUUCAUCACUGCAUUUUCCUUCAAUAGAAAAUGCCAUUGAGCAAGUCAAUGCUCACACCUCAGAACUAGACCUUGAUUAGACACAGGCUGUAUCUAAUGUCUAGCUAUUAUGGCUGUGUUAUAAGGAAUUACCUUUCCAAGCGCAUAUUGGAUGUUCGCCCAGGGGUUUUCAUUGGAUCAACGUGAAUCUUAUUUGAAUCAACAUAUUGCAAGUAUUUAUUGAUUGUUCUACUGUUUCCUAUAUAAAAGUUACAAAUAAAGCAUGUUUUAUCAGCCUCAAUUCUGUGAUUUGGGAGGCAAUAGUGCAGGGGUGUCAUGGCGCUCCUGUGUAUUGUUUGAGUCAUUCUCAAUUUACAGAAGGUUCAGUGUGAACACUUCUCGCAGAAUAUUCCAGAAAUCACUCUUGAUACAUGAUCAUGACAUUUACUGUUUUUGUAUGGUGCUUAAAUACAAGUGUUUUACUUUCUCUGUGAGGAAACCAGAAAUAAAACUUAGCAGUGA